AUGUCGCCGUCUUUGUGCCGCAUGACCUCUUGCGAUACACUUUACGAUGGUUCGUCGUGGGCAGCCGGCGAACGCGGAAGAAGGGCGCGCGGUCGGGCUGAUACGCUCCCGCCGCGCGUUUCCGAGCCCAAUGCGUCCAAAAUUUCACGGGUACCAGAUCUUGGUUUACGAAACCCACCAGUACCUGCUGCUACACAUACGAUGAAAUGCGGCUCUUCGCACAGCAAUGCGUGGCUAUGUUUGAGGUCGCAAUUCGCUAAUGGACUUAUCACCAGGAAACUUCGACGUUGGGGUUCGACUGGUUCUUGGACGCCCGAAUCGUUCCCACCACUCGAGUUGAGUUCUGCCUCUGUUGACGUAGCAGCAGAUUACACAAAGCGGAGACAUGUGCUACGAUUCGCAGCACCAGGAGCAGAGCUGCUGCUGCAGGCGGAAGGGCCGGCUGAUAUGCGGCACUGGUUACGAGCGAUGCACGAUGCUGGUGCGAAAGUUAGCGCUAGCACAGAAGGUCUCGAUGAGGUUGGAACUGAAGGAAGUGGUUCGCAGCAGGCCGAACCGCAAACAGCUCCUGCUUCGACAUCAGUCCCUCAUAAACCAUCAAGAAAAUUCCCACAGUUCAGAAGUCGCUCGCCGACUGGUCAAUCUCCUGUAAACAAAACGCGUAAAGCAACUUUGCCCGCAAACUCUUUAAUUGAGCAGCCAUCCAAUAAUCAACAACAGCAACCUCAAGCAAACCAGCUGCCGCAACCAGUGCCCCAGCAGCAACAAACGCAAGGGGGCAGCCCAAAAAGUAAAACAUGGAAAGGACGAGUCGCCCGCCAAUUGAGACGAAUGCAGGGAGCAGCCGUGGGAGGCUCAGGUGGCCAAAGUCCUACAUCACCAGGGCCAGACAGUGGACGGUGCAUAGGCGUGCCUAUUGAGCUCUGUCCACCUAGUGCUGAUAACCCAUUUGUUCCUCGUCUGGUCGAUUUCUGCACGAGCGUCGUAGAAGCUCGAGGAUUAGACGUCAUGGGUAUUUAUCGUGUGCCCGGCAACACAGCAGCCGUUCAGGCACUCACAAACAUGGCCAGUAGAGGGCUUACUGAAGAGGAUAUGCAGGAUCCUCGAUGGAACGACGUCAACGUAAUAAGUUCGUUGCUGAAAUCAUUCUUCAGGAGACUGCCCGAUUCGUUGCUAACCGCUAAUUUGUAUCCAUUACUGAUAGCAGCGGAUAAAUCGGUUGGACAAACUGAACGUUUGGUAUCUUUGCGGUUGCUGCUACGCAAACUGCCUCCACAUCAUUAUGAAACCCUGCGCCAUUUAAUGCUACAUUUGAGGAGAGUGGUUUGCAAUAGUUCUGUUAACAAAAUGGAAGCCCGCAAUUUGGCUAUUGUUUUUGGACCAACGCUAGUUAAGGCGAAUGAAGACAGCUUAGCCACAAUGGUUAAUGACAUGAGUCACCAGUGCCGAAUAGUUGAAAGUGUACUCAAUUAUGUUGAUUGGUUUUUCAGCCCUCCAGAAAGCAACGAACUUCCUGAAUUAAUUCCUGAAGUGACAACUGAUGCGCCUGUUACGCAAACGCCACCUGCAAAAACUUUGCUAUUAGAAAAUGUUACAAAAGUAGAAGCUGCGGCCAAGAAACGGCAGAAAGUUUUAGGCAGGACAAAGACAGCGCCAAUACCAAGCGUCCACACGGAAAAUCAAUCUUUUGGCGAAAUGAGCGUAAGCGGCGAUGGAAAAAUUCAACGAAGCGACGACCUGAAUAGUUUCAGAGAAAUUUCAAAUUCUGAAAGAUUGAACUCUGCUUGUUCGUUGACCAGGGUGACAACGACAAGUACUCAUAGCUCAUCUAGUCACAGCAGCAGUACAUAUCACGAGGAAAGCAACAGCUUAAUUCAGGAUGAUAAAUCUCAAGACAGUACGGAAAACAGGAAGAGUUUGGAGUUGAAUAGUGGAUGUUCUGAUAUGGUGUCCGACAUUCAGUCAACAUUCGAUCGCCUCUUAAACUCGCCGACAUGUUUAAAUCCACUUUCUGGUCCUGAUAACAUACCUUACGCAGAUGAAAGUCCAGAAAAACCUCACGGCUCACCGAGCCGACUUCGUGAUCCUAGUUGGCAUAGACGUUUCAGAAGCUCCUCCCAUGGGCAGCAUAAUCAGCAACCUUUAAAUACCUCUCUCAUCUAUGACCAGGAACAUAUAGAUCACCCAAAUCAAAAUAAAAUUCAUGAUCGUGAUAUCGUAGACUAUGCUUCUACAAGUUCGACCAUCUCCAGCCAACAAUCCUGCCACAGUGUCAGCACCCAAAGUUGUGAGAGCAAUGAUACUAUGGAUAGCUUAAGAUCAGAUCAAUCAGACUUAAAAGAAAAUGAUGAUCAUCAAAAUUUACACGACGUAUCCUCACAAAGCAUAUCAGGAUCGGAAUCUGCAACCAGUACUAAUAAAAGCAAAGAUUAUAAAAACGUUUACACAGGGAAUUUUUUAUUAAAAUCUCAAAGCAACUCUAUGAUACCUGUGAAUGUGGUCAAGCCCUUAAAUACUAACAAUACUACUUCUGACGCUAAUACUUUAUCAUAUAAUGUUUCUAAGCAAUCUACGGUCCAAGAGAACAUAUCAAAUCAGGACAGACCAACCGAAGGACCAGAAUCUAACAUAAAUCUUAAUAUAACUUCAAAUCAAGCGGGCACUUCUUUAACUUUAACAUCUGAAGGAUUAUACAAUGAUAAAUCUACAACAGUUUCAGUUAAGCCAGGGUCUUUAUUUCGUUCAGAAAGUUUGAACAAACAUGAUAGAACUCAAUCACCCAUAAACAAACUAAAAAGAUCAGAGAGUCUUAAUAAAAAGGAUGAUAUAAAACUAAAGCGAUCAGAAAGCCUUUCCAAGUCUGAAAAGACUCAAACCAAUUAUAAAACCAGAGAAAUGACACUUUCUAGUAAAAAUUGUGGUAAAAAAGAUACUAAAUUGAAGAGAAAGAAUGGUAGUCAAAAUAGAAGUAUAAAACGUAGACAUACUGUUGGAGGAACUAAGGACUAUGUAACUUCUCAAGAAUCAGAAGCUAGAAAAGAACAGGUGCGAACUAGUUCUCCUGACUUAAAUUUAGGAACUUGCGCCCGUGACAGUUUUUUACUGGAAGUACGAAUGAGAACUCCAAGUAACAUGAUUGCAGAAAUUCGAGUAAGUCAUAACUUCCUCGAGUCACAUAUAUAAACACAUUCUGUCUGCAAAUCUAAAUACUUUCUCUUUUCGAAUGAAGAGUAUUAAAUAAAGGGUUUCAUAAAUAUUUUUUGUGUCAAUGUGAUAUCAUCGUGUAUAUUUAAAUGUAAGAGAACGUAAUAUAGCUUAUGAAAACACAAAACACCAAACCAUUGUUAACAAUUUUUGAAAACAUGUCAAUUAUUUAUUGUUGCUUAAAUGUAAUUGCUAAAUAUUAUGCAUAUCUUUCUAACAUC